CCUCUACUUUCCAUCCCCCGUCUUCAACCGUGGCUCCACAUUUUGCUCUAUUGCUUCUUCUCUCUCUUGUGUUUCGUGUGCUUUGGAAAAAACAAUGAGUGCUGCUGCAGUAGAGGAAAGCAGCAGGAAAUACAAGGGCGUGCGUCGUCGAAGAUGGGGGAAAUGGGUGUCCGAAAUCCGAGUUCCAGGCACCCAGGAACGCCUCUGGUUAGGCUCUUAUUCAACCCCGGAGGGUGCUGCCAUUGCACAUGACAUUGCUCACUAUUGUCUGCGUCGACCCUCUUCGUUGAAUGGUCUCAACUUUCCUUCCAUGGUACCUCCGAACCUCAAUGUUAACAUGUCUCCCAAGUCUGUACAGAAAGCUGCAUCGGAUGCCGGCAUGGCGGUGGAUGCGCAGAUGAUCGUGAUCAGCAAUGAAACCAAGGCAAGCGAAAACAGUGGUGUGAUCGUGGGGAUGGAGACAGAGUCGUGGGAAAACGAUAGCAGCGGCUCGUGGGAAGGAAGUGUGGGAAAAGAAGGGGAGGCCUUGAGCAUUUCCGUUGAAGAUUAUCUCUAGACAAGACAUGAUUAGAAACAUGCAUGCAGCUUCCAUGAAUGGUGCAAUCAUGCAGAUAAUUGUUUGUACAUAUUUAGAAAUUUAGAAUGUGUAACACAAUUAAGAACUGCUCAGUUGCUCCUAAAGCAACGGCUACUGCAUUUAGUUUUAGACAAGUUUUCUACUGUACUUGGAACUUGAGAGACAAGGCCCACCUUUGAGUGGAUUGGGUGACUGGGCGUUGUACCGUUCAUUAAACAAUAUGAAACCGCAAUUCAUCAUUUGA